UCACGAGCUGUGAGUGUAGCGACUCAUAUAAUUACCUAUAAAAGCAAAUGAUAUUGUAAAAUAACAUUAAUAACAUAACUCCAACAUAACAUAACUUCAAGAAUGUGAUAUUUUCACUAGCAAAAACAACAACGUUUCGUAAGUGAGAAAUAGGUGUUUCAGAGAUAAUGGUAUGAUUAUAGCGUUUUUAAAACACUUGUAUUUUCCAUAUUUUCAAUCAUGAAGAAAUAAAAAAAAGUAUAUUGUAUAAAGAUGUCCCGGAUGUACGCACGCGUCCAAUAGAAAAAAACSUUUCUUGCCCAUUUCUACUUAUCGCUUGUUCGCAGAAAAAAAUACAUUCAGCUAUUCCAAAAAAUGCAAAGUGAAAGGAAAAAGAAUUAUUGUUAAAUCUUCCAGUGAAGGCCGCCGAUGUCAGUUAAGAAGUCAAUAAUUGCAGCUCUAGUCAAUCUGACCGAGAAGAAGUCGAAUAUACGGUAGUUAUUGAACAGUUGUUUCAUGCGGCGAAUUUCACAUGUAUUUACGCUGUAAUGCAUCGAAUAUCAACGUAAUGCAUAAAUCAUGAUAAUGUAUGAUUUUCGUAGAACGCUGGUGUCAGCUUUUUAUGCAUAAUAGUUGGCUAUUUAUUGAUACAACCGGCUUUAUCAAAAUGGACCGGGUUUUCUAUUCAUGAUGGUCAUUAAAAGUAUUUCAGAUGAGACAAUUUUCUUUCUUUUCUCCAGUGUAGAAAAGCUUAAAAUAUAAUCAAAUAAAUUAUUGAAAUAUAGACUACACUCAGGCCGGAUUCUGCUGACAGUUCAUYUAUUUCAUCUGCAAUAUAAUCGAGUGCUAGUCACGAGACUCAAAGCUGCAGGCAAUGUAUUUUUCUAUCAAAGAGCAAACAUUUGCAUGUAAAAGACCAAGGCCGAAACCAAACCAAACAGAGAACAUACUAAGAGGACAGMUAAUAUCUAAAGAAGGGAAAAACAUGCCGCGUUGUAGAGGUGCUUUUCGAUGCUUUGAUAUGGGCUCAGCUGCUAGCUCUGUCAGCUCUCCGCCAGGUUCUAGUCCAAGUUUGAAUCAGAACCCACCAACGACGCCGAUUCAUUCGAACACAAGCAUACAAAGAGCUAGAAAAGCAUCCUCAGCCCCGAAGAAACAGUCAAAUGGCUUCAUCGUACUCAGCUAUGCUCCCACGAACACGCCACUGGUGCGAAAGCGUGGCAAAAUCAAAACUGGUUUCCCAGAACACGGACUUAUUCAGGACAAAUAUUUCCUUAUUAAAGAUCACUUCGAUGGAGUUGAUCGCUUGAAUACGCUCCAGUCGUGUGGUGCGCCAAAUUUUCGAAAGGCUGCUGGUGGAUUAUAUCCGGUUUAUGGAAUGGGUCAGCCGUCUAAAGAUGGACUUGCUUUGGUUAUAGAAACACUGAUCGAGAAUGGACAUAGGGAAGUAGUGUCCUUCAAUCUACGAGAAGAACCAGUAAUAUUCCUAAGUCUAAACCACGACUACGUUCCGUAUUCACCACGUGACCCAGGAAGUCUGAAAGGAAAUAUAGCAAACCUUGGUGUCAAACCAGAAGAGUUGGCGGACACUGAAAUCAAAAUAAGAGAAGAGAUAAUCAAACUUUCCAUUGAGGAGGGCGGAAAAUUUUAUUUCUACAACAACGUGGAAAACUUUGACAACGAGCCACAUGCGUACAACAUAUCUUACGAAGAAGACGUGUGUGUGAUGGAUGAGAUUUACAGUCGACAGAUAUUCAUGACGCCUUUCUUGAGAUUUUGUCGAGUUCCUAUAACUGCUACAAACGCUCCUGAAGAGCAAGACUUCGACCAGUUCAUCAACGCCGUCAAAGAUAUUCCCCAAGUCUUCGAUACCAAUUCCUCCGCACCCCUCCCCGCAAUGGUAUUCAAUUGCCAUGUUGGGCAAGGACGCACAACUACGGGAAUGGUGAUUGGCUGUCUUAUAAUGUGCCAUCGAAGUGGCUUCCCCGCUGAAGCUAAUUCCCAGGACCCCUCGCCAAUGGACGAAAGUAAUCCUGAUUACGAGAAAGGUGAAUUUCGUCUGAUCCAACAACUUGUAAAAUCUCUUCCAAAUGGGCUCAAGAUAAAGCAGGARGUUGAUUCAGUAAUUGAUAUUUGUUCGGAAAUGACAAAUAUUCGAAUGGAAAUGGUAGAAUGCAGAAAAAAAUUACAGGAGGUCGACGAUAAUCAGGGACAAUUUUCAAAAGAAUACAAUUUAAAGCGAGGAAUCAGCUAUUUGGAAAGAUACUUCUUCUUGAUCCUUUUUAACGCUUAUUUGCAUGAACAGUUCCCGUUGGUGUUUUCUCAAACGUUCUGUAAGUGGAUGCGUCAUCGUCCAUGGCUUUAUCGCAUGCUAAGUCACAUCGAUGUCAUGGAGAAAGGUGUUACAUCAGAAUUCGUCUCAAAGAAGAACGAGCCAACCUGCCUUGUUGCCGAUGAGUAUCUGGGUAUCGAUGUUCUGAGCACACAGAGAGAAGUCCAGGUCUCCAACUUUAGGAAAAUGCCCGGSCUUCCUGUGUAUGGUAUGAGUCAGCCAACGAGAGAGGGUUUAUCGAAAGUAGUCGACCUGUUGACUGGUCCAAAGUACUCUCACCCAAAAGUUGUCAUUUUUAAUGUGCGAGAAGACGUAGCGUUGGAGUGUGAUGGUGAGACGUUCAGCCAACGAGAACUUUCGCAUCUUUGUGAUCAUAUCCCAUAUAAGGGUCUCCAGUGGUUUGAAUUAGAGCGUAAAGAAACAAGAUUAAAGGAAACACUCGACAAUCAUACUAAGAAUGUACAGAUUUAUAUGGACAUAAACGAAGGUCACGUGMCCAAAGACUUCAAAAAUGUUGUGACAAUAAAAGAAAUGUACAAGCAACARAUGGAGAAGAUAUCGSUACUUGAAUGCCACAGGCUACCCGUACCACAACACAGAACYAUCGAGGAAAAGGAUUUGGAUCGAUUGAUGAACAUCAUGAAUUCUCUAACUGAAAUCUACUCAGACGAGGAUGGUCCUGCACUUGUUUUCCACUGUGAGACGGGCAGAGAAAGAACAACAACCGCCAUGGCCGUCGCAGCUUUGAUAUACUGUAAUAAGAAGGGUUUUCCUGUUGGAACCAAACCCAACGAACAAGACCCGGCUUGUGUUCCRCAUGCUAAAUACACAUUAGGUGAAUUCUCGGUUGUGCGGCAUUUAAUCCGUGUUCUACCAAACGGACCUCAGAGGAAGCGAGAAGUUGAUAACGUACUGGAUAAGAUAUCAGAGACCAUGACUCCCAUGCACUACCAUGCCAGAGAAGUCAUCUUUUCUACUUUCCAAAAGUAUAAACACGCCAGCAGUGGUUGUGGAAUCAACAACGAUCACAAGUUGGAUCUGCGCAAGCGCAGUCUCUAUUACCUGGAACGGUAUUUUUACCUCAUUCUAUUUAACACUUAUCUACAAAUGGAACGAAGAACAAAAUGGCAACGCACCUUCAGUGAAUGGAUGACGCAGGUCGCUUCCGCUGCUGGUGUGUACGAUAUUCUCGAUAACUUUGGCUUCCACGACUUUGAGAAAACCGAGGAGAGACUCAAAGCUUUACGAUGGAGAUGGCGCGAAAGCUUCAGAGGUAAACCCACUCAAUAGAAUGAAAAGAACAUCUGAUCGAAGAUUCUAAUCUCUGAUAAUGAUUUCAAGGAAGGUGGACGAAGUUCUUAGGCCAUUGUUAAUGGUUAAUCAUAAUAAAUGUAGUCGAACUUCAUUGACACUCAUCAAAAAAAUGAUUGAGCUUUUGAUUACAAAUGAAGAAGGUGGAAGAAACGUUUUGCGAAGAGAAUUUCCUACUUCCAAAAGAACUUCAGUGGUUCUGCUUCGAUUACAGAAGGUCUAAUGGAUACUUUGAUUACAUUAAAAGCAAUUGCAGCUUUAAUUAAAUAUGUUAUGAAAUAAUUAGAGGGAGUUUCGGAUCGGUUUCCGAGGCAUAUAGGCAAUGCUUAAGAUUAACAAGAAAUGCAGAAUAUAUUUUAUAAUCAAUCAAAUAAACUUAUGGAAAUCCCAGAGGCCAGUUCAACUUUGUUACUCUCUAAACAGCUCUUAAAAUAUAGCUCUAGUCUUAUUACAACCUUGAUAUAAUAUAUCAAACUUAUUAUUUAGCUGUAAAUAGUAUUUUACGUUAACAGAAAAAUCAAUGAAAAUAUUGCAGAAGUGUAUUCUACUGCGGAAAAGAAUAAACAGGCUUUACUCAAAUCUAUUUAUACAAGUACAGAAAGCAAUUGCAACUUACUAGAAAUUUGAAGUGAAUUAUCAUAGCUGAACACGUAUUUUAUAGGUAAUUGCUUACGAAACUCCGUGAAACUCUUUGCGAAUUGCUCCAUGAUGUAAGAAUAUAUUGAGAACAGUCAAUGAAAAGUUAUAUAAUGGCUAUAGUUAGAAAAGAUAAUUUCAAGAACGUUGUGCAAAAACAGGGCCGGGUUGUUCAAAGCUCGAUUAGCGCUAAUCCUGGUUUAGAUUCGAUUCACUCAAUCCGUGAAACGUAAAUAGUACAAAAUAGUAUUAACCUUUGUAAAUAUAUUCUUUUGGGCAUAUAGUUUGAAAACGAAAAGGAUUACGAGAAGAUUUAUCAUUUUACUAAGUGAAUAUUUCGGCCUUUAUCCAAAGGCCAUCGAUGGCAUACUGAACUUACAUGAAUAAUUAAAAUUAGUUCAAAAGACUUAAAGGGAAUCAUUGACUGUCCCUUAAAGUCAAUUCCCUUAAGUCUUUUGAACUAAUUCUAAUAGUUCAGUAUGCAGUCGAUGGCCUUUGGAUAAAGGCCGAAAUAUUCACUUAGUAAAAUGAUAAAUCUUCUCGUAAUCCUUUUCGUUUUAUUAACCUUUGUGUUUUCUAUUGUUUGUCCAACACUUUUUAUUACCGAUUAAUAAUAUUUUUGCGGAUUAGAGUGAAGCCCGUUGCAUAGAUAUUAAAAUCACGGCAUUUUUGUGUCUAUUUGACCGCCACACUUUAAUAACCAAGUUUUACUUCACUAAAUGCAUGCGUCCACUCUAAUUCUUAUAAAAACCUAUAGUAAUCACGUUAAAUCGCGCUUUGAGCAACCAGGCCCAGGAGRKGAUCUAUGGGUGCCUUAUAAUUCCAACCGCUUCAAAUAUUCUUCAGUACUCCGGCAUUGGAAUGUAAUUGAGUAUGUUGGACAACCCUCAAUUGAUCUACAUUUAUCAAGGACCUGGCUUGCCUUAUCUCUCAAUUUUUGCUUUAAAUACAAAUGUGCAAAUUGGUAUGCGGUCUUAAAGAAUUAUCGCUUCUUAAAAUAUACUUGAAAAUGAGAUUAUACUAUUUAGAGAGGAAGAAAGAACAACGAUGAGAAUUCAUCGCACCCAUCAGUCAGUAGCCGGUURUGCGAAGAUUGGGAUAAAGYUAUCCAAUCUAUAGAUUUUGUAUGACUUYAUCAGCUGGAUAACGCUCUGACCCACCCAUCGUACAACCAGCCAUAUCAWYAAAAUGAURCAUACAGCUUCUCCAACUAGAAGGUGGCAGACGGUGCUCGUAUGUUCACAUAUUUAUCAAGUUGGACUUUUGUGAAACACACCUUUGAAUGUAAMAAACCAUAGCGAAGAAAGCUGUAUGAUGAAUUUCUAAAAAUGAACAUUUAAAUAGUUUAACAUGUACUACAACAAAAUGCUAUUAAAACAAAAUCAAAGCAGGAAAA